CGUGACAAAGGGAAACACUGGCUGGUGUCACCAUGAUCAUAGGACUGUCAUCCUCCCUACUAGUGCCGCAACUGUCACUUGUCACAUGAUAUAAUAUUUUAAUUUUACUGGUUUAUUUAGUGCGCAAAGGGUAGUGUUUUAGCUACUAUUAGAGAUGUCAAAUUAGAAUUUGCGGUUGGCGCACCAUGCCUCUCCACCGGAGUGCACCGACCAACCCUGGAAUUGUGGAGGAGGAUGAUUUCUCCAGUAUAGCAAACGGGACGGCUGUUACUGCGCUUAAAUGCGUGGUUGUCGGUGACGGCGCGGUAGGGAAAACAUGCUUGCUGAUGAGUUAUGCUAAUGAUGCGUUUCCAGAGGAAUAUGUGCCGACUGUUUUUGACCAUUACGCAGCCUCUAACACUGUCUUUGUUAAUUCUACAGUGAGUGUGAGCGUUGGAGGAAAACAGUAUUUAUUGGGCCUGUAUGACACAGCUGGACAGGAGGACUAUGACCGCUUGCGUCCUCUGUCCUACCCCAUGACGGAUGUCUUCCUCAUCUGCUUCUCUGUGGUGAAUCCGGCCAGCUUCCACAACGCUCGGCUGGAGUGGGUGCCAGAACUGGAGGAACAUGCGCCUGGGGUUCCCUUCCUCCUCAUUGGCACACAGAUUGACUUGCGUGAUGAUCCGAAGACCAUCACCAGGCUGAACAGCAUGAGGGAAAGAGCCAUUACAGCAGAGCAGGGCCACAAGCUCGCCAGAGAGGUAGGGGCUCGUUGUUACUCGGAGUGCUCCGCACUGACACAGCAGGGCCUGAAGGCUGUGUUCGACGAGGCCAUCAUCACCAUCCUCACACCAAAGAAGAGGAAGAGGAGGGCUCUGAGGAGACGGCUGUGGCCUGGCAGCCAUCACUGUUGCCCAAUCACAUGAUCAGCUGGGACACGAGAAGAAGCAGACUACCGGAAUAUUAAACUGAGCACUCCAACUCUGUCCACUGUCAUCAUGGCUGGUUUGGUUAUGAGAUCAAGAGCCUCUUGGAAAAAAUUGUUGUCUGUCGCAUUUUUGUCGUUGAAACAGUAGGCUAUAGCAAAAUGGAGUUACAGAAGAGCCUGAAACUAUAUGCACAAGCAAAGCUUUGGUGGACUUAUUAAUGCAAAUGAGAGACCUAAGGGGAUAAGAGAAAGGCAGGUAUGAUGGAGAUCCAAACAGACUUUCAGAAGAGUGAAAGCACAAAUUCUGGUAGCACAUUUACACCAGAACGACAGAUUGGGCUGAAAUGCACUAUGAAUUUGUUAUUUAUUUUCUAAUUCAACAGAGGCGUUCAUAUGAGAUUAAUGUUGCAUAGUUGUUAUCCAUAUAUUUUAACUGUGCCGUUUACCAAAUCCUCGAUUUCUAGGAAAAUCAUUUUCACCUUCUGUUUUCUAUUGGACAUCGAACACCCCUUGAUCAAGCCUUUGUUGGCACUUAUGGUGAAGCUGGGUGCCACAGCUCUUAGACACAGUGAUCUACAGUACUGAUGCAAUAUUUUAUAUCUCAGCACUGUGACUGAUCAAAUUGUAAGAUCUGUCCAAAAUGCUAUUCUAAGAGCUCCCAGACUACUUCUUAGGUUAUUUGGUGCCAUUAAGCCUCAUGGAAUAGUUCAACAAAACUUACAAUACCUUUAAACAUAAUGGCCAUAAUGUUUUGUAUCAUGUUACUGAUCUUUUUCAAGUACUGUUAUAUGCAGCAUACUGUUUAUGCAGCCUACCACUAGCAAUUAUACUCACCAUCACACAAUAAAUAUACUAAUAUCUAAUAUGGCAAAUUCACUACCUUACUCCCCCAUUCAUUUAUGAAAAAUACAAUGGACUUGAUCAAUAAACAGUGUUUGGCUAUGUGCACUCUCGCUCUUACCUGUGUCCUUCG